CUCGGCGCUUAAUUGUCCAAGUCAAAUUUUGUGCUUCAUUAUAGUCCAUCAUGCCACCCUCUCAGGGGGAUAUUCCUGGAUUUUAUUAUGAUGCUGAGAAGAACAGAUAUUUUCCACUUGACAAAAAUCACCCGAAAGAACCCAAGUUUUCCCAGUCAUCCUCGAGAGCAUCAAAGGACAUUCGUCCUUCAUCAAGGUCGAGACGUCCUAAUUUGCAUCUGGACGAUGCUCCGGUAUUACCAAAACGCUCUACUGCACAGUACCUGUGUUCUUUUCGUUCUCACCAUUGGCGAAGAGCGGCGCAGUGCGUCAUCAGUCUACAAUACGCUAGUACUUGUUACUCAAAGAUAACUUGGUCAUAUCCCAACUACCCUUCGUGUGGACUUCGAUCCUUCUCAGUAUCAUGUACGGACGAUACCAAGCAGGUAGCUGGUGAUACGAAUGGUUUUGUCUACAUCUAUUCGGAUGUUGGAACGGUAGAAGAUGCUACAGGUCGUCAUACGUAUCGAUUGUGGAGCGGGCAGUGCGGUUUGAUGUCCCCCGUUAGUACAUAAUCCCAACCACAGGACGACUUACAAAUAUUACACCUUAGAUAUCAUCAUGCGGCAUUAUUAAGGAUAAAUUCUUUGCAUCUUCGUUCGGACCUCAUCCGAAAGUCCUUGUGGGAUCUUUUUCCAGCGCACAGCA